UGUGUCUGACACAGUCGGAGCUUUAAUAUUGAUGGAAACAACUAGUUUCGACUUUGACAGCACACGUGAUAUUGCCUGCGACAUGUUAUAAUGUUCGCAGUGCUACUGAGUUUUGACAUCUCUUCCAGUCCACCUUUUGUCGUUUAGUCUAGCGAAAGAAGAUUUCACUAUCUCAGUUGAAACCAUUCGUAUUUCCCGCGAAUCUACGUCUCGCUGCACCGCCUGCUGCGACUCGCCAGUACGAACUCGUCGGUCUGGUUCGCGCAGACAGAAUGCCGGUUAAAAGAGGUGAAGUCAACAUGAUUGUUCCAGUGCAUAACAUAAUUUGCCGCAACUAUAAAUUUAAGUGGCGCGCUCAUCAUGUCCGCCGAAGAGUUGCCCGCACUUCUGCGCAGCUGGGGCUUGGGUGACGACGCCAUCAUCCGGUCGUUCAGUGAUAAUGAUGUGUCUGUAGACCGUCUCCUCGGGCUGACUGAUGACGAAAUCAAGGAGCUCAUUCCGAAGGUUGGUCCUCGCUCAACUUUUAAAUCGAAGCUCAAAGAAUUCGCCCCAGCUCUUCAAGCCAGAACUCCCUCAACAUCAGCUACCUCUACCGGUAAUGAUGAGCAGAUUGAACCAGAUCUAGACGAUGUUGAUGUUGAUGAUGGUGAACCAACUGCUAAGAAAGCUCGACAAGACACUCCCAGCGUCAGUCCCGAUGAAUUUCGGGAGAGUUUAUUAAAGGCGCCGGAAGUCAAUAACCUCCACACUGUCCUCAAAUCCCAGCUGCGUGGGUUAAUGGUGUUAGGUCAUCACAAAACCCACGAAGUUUUAGACAGCGACUGCAGAGACCACCUCUGCGAGCUUGUCAUAAACAACGAGUUGGCUUCAGAUCAUUCUAAACUGUAAGUAAAGUUAGA